AUGACAGCAUCUUCUUCACAACAUUCUAAUGAACUCCUUGAAUCAAGGACUGUUAGAUUUACUGAUUCUAUACAGAAGUUGUUAAAUGGGCCAUUAAUCUUCUCACUUCGAUCGAAUACCAAUGUGACAUUAUCUUGUCGAGACCUCUCAGUUAUGAAGCAUCUGCAACAACGAGCCGAUCAAGUCAUACUCGACAUUGUUUAUAGAGUAUGCAAUUUGGAGUGUAAUAUUGCUUCAGAUGAUGGUGAUGAUCUCAUAUACGAUCAAAAGCAAAGCCUACAUCCUUCACUAGCAUUGAUUUAUUUGCUAUUUAUUCAAUUACCCGAUGGUACUGAGAAUGACAAGUGUCUGUUUCAUCAUCUAUCAUAUGAAACAAAGAAACAUAUGCAUGAAAUCAUACUCGAUCAUAUCAAACAAUCAAAGGAGUUUGUUCACCACGAAAUGGAAUUAAUUCAAUUAAUGCUAUCAAACCAAUAUGGUAUUAUUAGAAUGAAUAACUAUGAUGCACACAUUAGAGACAAAUAUUUGGAUGUCAUAUACGAUACUUUGGAUACUAUAUUUCGUGUCUAUAAGGACCCCAAUAUAUCCAAAAGUGUUUGUAGAGACAACCCCGUUUAUAUGUUUUUAUUGGUGCUCAAAGAGUAUAGUUUUCAAGAUCAAAGAGGUAAAGAAUUAAAAAGGAUGAUUUCACAAACAGUAUUCCUUGAACUUUCCGAUACUGAAUGGACCAAUCAAAUUUCUUGUGACUUUUUAAAAGAGUAUAUUAAAACGAUAUUCUUGGAUGCUUACAAUGAUGGUUAUUUCGUACCACAACAACCCAAUGACUAUAUGGAUGCGGAAGACUGGAAUAACCCACUCUUUUACGCCAAUGUCUUUGACUCGAAAAAGUAUAGUGACAUCAAGUAUGAAAAGCCAAUAAUUGCCAAGAAAAUUGAAUCUUUUAAAGUGACUCAGCAUCAAGUAUUAUCUAUUCUAUUUGAACAUUUCAACCGAUGCCUAACACAAACAUCAUGGAAGGAUAAAUUAAUAGCUCUCAAAUUAUUAAAUAUGUUCGAUCACGUAAAUAAGGAUUGGAAAACAUAUUUUAGUAUUGAUCUUCUCAAAACAGUUAUAUCAGAAGCGUUAAAAGAGGAUAAUGAACUUGUUCAAUGUGAAUUAUUGGAAUUUAUUUACCAAUUCUGUAAUAUGCCUUACUAUAUUGAUAUGCUUAUCGAUAGUAUAGAGUUUCGAGAUAUCAUCAAAGAGGUUAUUAAUCACAUCAUCAAUCAAGCUUCCCCAUAUCCUCGUUUAUUAUCCUCUCUAAUCAAGGUCUGUGAUCAAGAUUGUCAUAAUAAGAAUCAAUUUGCAUCCCAAAUGUUGAAAAAAUUAUUUCCUACAGAGCCUCUUUGGCAAGAAUGUAUUGUCAACCUCGCUCUAAAGUCGGUUCAAUCAAAUCAUAGGGAGGUUAUAGAUUCUGCUAUAUCUUUUGUAUACACAUUCACAUAUCAUCACAUUCCUCAAUUUACAAGUUUAAAAGCAUUAUCAACAGCGAUCAUUGGGUUAUUGGAUCGUUUUCAAAAUGACGAUAAAAUUUUAGAGCAUGUAAUUGAAUUGUUUGAUCAUAAAUCAGUAAAUAACUUGUCAAUCUAUUUACCAUCAGCCAUGAAAAUAAUACUUCUUCAUCAACCAAUCGAUAGAUAUAGUAUCGACAGUCUUGUAAUCAUGUACAAACAACCACAUAAAACAACAAACAGAUACAUUCAACAUUUAAUCACACCCUUGAUCCAACUACACGCCAGUCCAACAACAUAUUCCAACAGAACAGAAAAGGCAAAGGCCUCACAAUUAUUGAGCAUCCUAUUCACAAGAACAGUGGAAUACAAAGGAAUACACCACCAAGAAUCUACUCUACUAUUUCAACAAAUACUCGAUUCAUUGGCUGAAGCAAUGCCCUCUAAUCUAUCUCGAACUAAUCCAGAUGUACUAGAGCUUCUCAGAUACCAUUUGGCUGCGGCCACUAAAAUGGUCAAACAAAUAAUACUUAGAGAAGGAAACAUUACAACCGAUCAAAUAUUACAAAUCAUCGAUUUGAUAGUACAAGCACAACAUUAUACCAUUAGCACAUAUCGUGAAUUUCGCAGGAGCUGGGAUGAAUUGCCAGAGAUUGAUAUUUUGGUAAAGACACUAGUUUCAAUGGACGAUCAAUGGAACACAAUUGAAAUGAUAGCAUCCAGUGUGAUUGAUAUGGUUGUCGAUUGGAUCAAUCAAAAUAUGGGAUCAACAAAAAGUGACUUGUCUUCAAAAGUCGAGUUGGUCAUUGAUUUCUAUGAUCAACUAAAUAUUGUUCCACCAAGCAUUACAAUAUCACCAACAAAGGAGAUAUCAUAUUCUGAAUGGAUUGAUAGAUUGAUAGUGGCACUUGAAAAGAACACGAGACUCACCAAGAAAUUAAAACAAAUAAAAGAAAAAAUAAAUAAAUAA